AUGGGUGCGGGUGCAGGUGCAGGUACGGGACUCGGUCUACUUGCAUUUGCUUACAAUUGUCAAUCCCAGAAUUUAUACAACGAUGUGCAUGCAUUGGACACAUCGAUACACGAGUUGAACCCAGUGAAAGAUGCAGACACUUAUGAACAAGGUCUUUACCAGGCAUCUCAAAACGAAGAGCGUCAACAGUACGAAGAGCACAGAAGAAAGAAAACGCAUCAUCCAGUAUUUCUUGUUCGCAUUGCGUAUCAAAUAUUAUUUGCCAUUGACGAUUACAUAGUAGACCCUCUAUUAACUUUCGGACGGUUUAUCGAAUUAUCGUGCAUUUUUCUUCCCGUAUUAAUUGCCAGCCCCAUGUGCUGGUUUGGGCACAAACACAAAAAUGAAGGUGGGAACAUGGUUCGUACUGGUGCUUCCUUGUGGUAUCGAUACUUGCGCUGGACGUUGGAGAGUGCCGGAGCAUCGUUUAUCAAAUUGGGACAAUGGGCAGCCAGUAGAACUGAUAUCUUCCCACAAGAGAUGUGUGACGAAUUGGCUACUUUGCACAGCAAUGCUAAGGCUCACAGUUUAGCACAAACUAAAAAAAUAUUGGUCAAAAGCUUUGGAAAUUUACCAUUUGAAGAGAUAUUUGACGAGUUUAAUGAAAACCCCGUGGGAGUAGGAGCAAUUGCACAGGUGUAUAUUGCAAAACUUUCCAAAAAAGUGUUGCAACAAGCCAAGGAUGAGGAAAAGCGCCUUGAAAGUGAUUUAAAUGCUAAAGAUCAACAACGAGCCAAUAAAAAGGGCCGUAAUAAAGAAGAGAAAUUUUUCGAUCAAUUGGUUGUGACCGAACAUUUAAACUCUAAUGAAACAGUGGCUAUUAAAGUAUUACAUCCAAAUGUAGAGGUCAAAAUCAAUAGGGAUUUGAAAGUUAUGAAAUUCUUUGCGGAUUUCAUUAAUAUCAUACCAACUAUGGAAUGGUUGUCAUUGCCAGAUGAAGUUGAGCAAUUCUCCAUCUUGAUGCGGUUGCAAUUAGACUUAAGAAUCGAAGCGAUGAAUUUGGCCAAGUUUAGACAGAAUUUCAAGAAUCAACUCGACAUUCAUUUCCCUAAACCGUAUUUAAAUUUUACAACAAGAGAUGUUUUGGUUGAAGAAUAUAUGUACGCCAUUCCAUUGAGCAAGCUCUUGAAUUUGACCGAAAACUUUGGUAAGAACUUGUCCAAAGAAGUUAGUGAUAAAGGGUUAGACGCAUUCCUCAAGAUGUUGAUUUUGGACAACUUUGUUCAUGCUGAUUUGCAUCCGGGUAACAUGAUGGUUCGUUUUUACAAAAAUGAGCUUUCGCCGCACAAGAAGGAAUACAAGAUUGUUAAAGCGUCUGAUGACGAAGAUACUGAUCGAAUUACUAAAGAGCUUUUGCAACUUGGAAACGACCAAAAUGCUUGGUGUGAACGACUUGCAAAGCUUUACGAAGACGGCUACCAUGCUGAGAUUUGCUUUUUAGAUGUGGGACUUAUCACGGAGCUUAAUCAUACUGAUAGAAUCAACUUUAUUGACUUGUUUAAAGCGCUUUCAGAAUUUGAUGGAUACAAAGCAGGAGAGUUGAUGGUUGAGAGAUCUAGAACGCCUGAGACUGUGGUAAACAAGGAGAUUUUUGCGUUGAAAGUUGAAAAAUUAGUCGAUAGAAUGAAAGAUAGAACAUUUACUUUGGGCAAUGUUAGUAUUGGUGAUUUGUUGGAGCAAGUAUUGAGCAUGGUUCGAACACAUCAUGUGCGUAUGGAAGGAGAUUUUGUUACUGUUAUUGUGGCAAUAUUAUUGUUGGAAGGAAUAGGCAGACAAUUGGAUCCAAACUUGGACUUAUUUGCAAGGUUCGUAUACGCUUUAUUACUUGGAUUACCCACAGAAGAGAUAUCUUUGGCAACAAUCAUUUCGUUGGGUGAUCUUGUCAUAUAG